UUCUCGUUCUCACUCUGGGAACAUUUCAAACUCCAAUAUUCCCGCGCCUCCCUUCUUUCUCUCUAUCUCAACCAUGGAACCUCAACCUCUGAAGCUACUGAUGGUUCAAGGCCCUAGAGAGGGCGAGACCUUUGAAUUCCUACCCGGAUCCACCAUCCGAAUUGGCCGGGUAGUUCGCGGCAACAACCUUACUGUCAAAGAUGCCGGCAUCUCCUCGAAACACCUGGUUAUCUCAUCCCAAUCGGGUAAAUGGAUAGUCCAAGACCUCGAUUCCUCCAACGGCACCAGUCUCAACUCCUCCAAGCUCCCUCCCUUUGAACCCUUUGAUCUCCACGAUGGUGAUACACUUAAGCUCGGUGAGUACACCUCCAUCCUCGUUCAGUUCCGGGACGGCGAGGAGCCGUCCCUCUUAAGACGCAACCCGAGGAGAAAAGUCAAUGAAUCGGAUAAAACAGGACGGGUUGCAAAGAACCGGGGCCGGAGGGCAGAGGUGAUGGAAGCUGAAGAAAAGAGUGAAUUGGAGAGGGAAAAUGUUGAGAUUUUGGAGGAAAGCAAGCCAAUUCGAGGAAGAGGAAGACCGAGGAGAGCUAGGGUUUUGGAUAAGGUCAAGGAGACUGAUAAAGGAUCUGGAGAUUUGGUUAGUGCGGCCAAAAAAGUGGAGAUGCAAGCACUGAAUCUUGGGGUUACUGGAGGCAGAAAGAAUGAAGAAUGCGUGAUUUUGGAGAAUUUGGGAGGGGAAUGUAGUAAAAUGGUUCCAGUGGGCAGGGGAAGGAGAAAGAAGUUGCAGGAUCUGCCAUCGGAGAACUCUCAAGUUAGUGUCCUUGGAAACAAGAAGAACAUGGAUACAGGAUUGAAUUUAAGGAAAGAGGCGCAAGAUCAGACUAAUGAACUUGGUUUUGAGGCAGAUAAGGAAAUAAAAUGUGAGAUUGUGGAAGAAUGUGAGGAAAAAGAGAGAUUGGAUGCAGAAACAAAUUGUGAAAAUGUUGAGAAUGGGGGUGGUCUUAAAGAGAGUGGUGGCAAGCCACAAAUUAAUGCAAUUGAGGAUUUGGAAGAAGGGCAGGAAACAGUGGAUUUAGAGAAGAUGACACUGGGGCAGUGGUUUGAUUAUAUGGAGGUGCAUUUGCCCAAGCAGAUAAAUGAAGUUACUGAAGAGAUGAUAGAAGAAAUGAGAAGGAAAGCAGAGAGGGUUGGAGAAUACAUGAUAGAGCAGAAGAAAGCUAAAGCUGUGCCUACUGUGGGUUAGAAAAUGAGUGGCUUGAUUCACUGGGUUUUAAUUUUAAUCCGUCUGUUUAGUUCCUGUCUUGCAAUCUGAGGCAUUCAUGGCUUGCUAUGAUGGAGUAUGGAUCGGGCUUUUUCAUGCCACAUUCGUGUCUGGGAUUAUAAUGUAUUGGUGGAUUCAUUCCAAGUUUUACAGGUUCUUGGGAGAUCUUUAACUUUUUAAGACCGGUGCAUCCAUUACCAAUUUUUGUGCCUGAUGGGAUUGGAGCUUUCUCGCAAAGCAACUUUGUGAGGGUGUCUUCAUUGUCUAGUACAUAGAAUGACAUCAAGAUGAAAACAGACGUAGAAAGGUAGAAGAUGUCGCUGAAGUUGUGUUAGAAUGGAAUAUACCACUAACCUUACCUUUUUGAUGAUAUAUUUCUAAGUAGUAAUGAGGUUUUUGCUUCGUUAA